GUCAUACUCAGAAAGACUUUCCUGCACAGAGCAAGCGCCAGAGAGAAAUAGCAAUGAAAAGCCUGCACAGCUCCACCAUGGUCAAGUCCCUGCUGCUGCUGCUGCUGGGGAUCACUCUCCUGAGGGAGGCGGCGGCCCGGAAAGCCCUCAGAGUGGGCAAUACUGCUCUCCAGAAGCCUAGCAACUGCCCUCCUCUGGAGGACAACACCAUCACGGUUGACAUUCGCAUCCUCAAUCAAAAGCAGGGCACUCCCAUCCCCCAUGACUUCCGGAACCGCUCCAGCUCCCCGUGGGACUACAACAUCACCCGGGACCCGCACCGCUUCCCUACCGAGAUUGUAGAAGCCCAGUGCAGACACUCAGGCUGCAUCAACGCCCAGGGGCAGGAAGACAGCUCCAUGAACUCCGUUGCCAUCCAGCAAGAGAUCCUGGUCCUCCGGAGGGAGCCGCGGGGCUGCUCUCACUCCUUCCAGUUGGAGAAAGUUCUGGUGACCGUUGGCUGCACCUGUGUCACCCCCAUCGUGCGCCACGUGGCCUGAGCGCUGCACAUCCGCUUAGCUGAAGAAGCUGGAGCAGCGCCAUUCCUUAUCCAGUGCCUGAAACAAGUCCUGUCUGAUUCUCCAUUCUCUGCACUCACUGUCUCUUAAUAGCUCCUUGUGGAAUUCUCCAAGCUUUGUGUUAGAUGUAGUAUGACUUUUCUGAGAUGCUUCAGACAUGCUCCAGUUUCCCAUCCUCAUGCAGGUGGAUGCGGAGGAACAUGAAGGAGCCCAUGGCCCAUUAUGUUACACGAUGACCCCCUCGUUAUGAUGACCACUAGGGUCCAGUGCUAUUCCCUGGGGUUUCUGUUGGUAAAAGGGAAGCAGAAAACACAGUGCUAAUGCAUGAGUGUGUGGAAGGCACUGUGCAGGUUGGGGUGGGAUGGUAAGGGCGGGGACAAAGAUCUGGUGAAUAUAUCUAUAGGAAGCAUUUGCUAAAUAUAAAUGAUCCUGGCCUGAACCGGUAGAUAUUUAUAUUUUAGAGGACUUGUCUAUAUAUUUAUGAUCUGUUAAUUAUAUAAAACUUCACAGA